AUGUCCAUUCGACGAGAAUCAUGCGAGCCGUGCUUCCGGGGACGACGGAAGUGCGACCUGGCCUAUCCUGUCUGCCAGCGAUGCCAACAGACCAACAAGGCAUGCCACUACGUGUAUUCCCCGCCACUGGCGAGAGGCAAGACAGCGGGUGCAGUCCAUCCCGGUGCUCUGCCCACCACCGCUGAGAUGGACACCCUUGACCACGGAGACGGCAUGAAUCAAUUAGCGAAGUUGCAACAUCCGACAGUCCCCAGAACGCUUGGUAUGCUAGGCAAUUCGCAGCAAAUGUUAAGUCCAGCGGACAGCAGAUGGGACUUCUACCAGUUUCGGGAGUCCCCGCGCACAUUUGCAGAGCAAGCAAAAACAAUGUUCAUCCACCCAGGCUUGUUCCAUAGUACCUUACCUCUGCCGCUACGCACAGCCUUUGGCAUCUGCGCCGGGGCCAUCUCGAUGAACGAACACACUCGGAAAGUUCUGUUCAAAGUAAUCGCCGCUGAAGUGUCGGGUAUGCUCUCCCUCACGGUGGGGAUCACGCUGCUCGGGAAUCUGGCUAGGCUCCAAGCCACCGUGCUCUACCAGAUGAUCAGGUUCUUUAAGGGCGGGCUCGAGGAACGAGUUCUCGCAGAGCGGCAGGAAUUUGUCGUCAGGUGUUACGCACUGAAGCUUCUGCAGCGCGCAGAUCACGAGCUUCCGGCUGUGCAGCCAAGGUGGGAGGCUUGGGUCCUCGCCGAGAGCAUCCGACGGACCGCCGUCGUAGCCUUCAAGCAGUAUUCGCUGUAUUGGAUCUUCAAAUACGGCACCUGCAUAGAACGCAGAGGGCUUUUUAUGCUGCCAGUGUCCACCAAGCCGUACGCCUGGGCCUCUCGCAAGAUCUACUUGCGGCAUGAAGAUCGAGACCAUACCACCACGUACGGCGAGUUUCGGAACACUUGGGCGGCUGCGCCGAGGGAUGAUGUUGAUGAGUUUGAGAAGAUGCUUUUGAUGAGCUGCAACGGCAUGGAAGAUUUCCGGGUCUUGCUCGACUGUCCAAACCCCGAGGGUUAA